ACAACCCAAACCAAUUACCGACUUAGUACCAAGUCUACGGAACCGCCGACUCACGACUACUGCCGCGGCAUGCCGGCACGGUGCAACAGAGAACUGAUCAAGUGGAAGAGCGACGUAACUUCAUUGCUGUUGAUCUACAAUUCUGGCAACAAGUGCCCGGCUCAACCUGAAGUAGGGGUUCUGUUCGCUCCAACAUUACCACAUAUUUCGGCGUAUAUGCAGCAGACAAUUCACAUGCUAACGCAUAAACACUGCCCUGCAUAAAUUCACAGGACCACGUGAAGGCACGUUGGCAGUUAAAAGAGUUAAUCAUUCCAUAUUCACUUCUGGAGUUGAAAGCGAGCCUGGCAUAUCGUCCACCGUGCCUAGCAGUUUUGACACACGGGAUCCCCCAAGCUUAGUGUGCUCAUAGAGCCCCACAUUCCAUCCAUCAAGUGCCUUUUACGAACUGGCCUUUUCACAAGUCACCGCUGUCCAAGCUAGCUGCCUGCAGUGCAUGAGGAUUAAUAUCAUCGGUAAGCUGAAGAUUCCCAAUCGUUUGCCUACCCGUAUCGUGCGCGGAAAAUCAACGCUCCAUCGCCGGGCUGAAAGUUACUUCUAGUUGACAAAACUUACCCGGCCAAGAUGUUACUUUCUUCGGUUUCCGUUUUGCUGCUACUCGUUUCUGGCGUGUGUAGUCAAGGAUCACGAAUCAUUGGACGUCGACCAGGGGUUCCCAAUCUGUCGAGGCCUGUUACGGGCGGAGGAACGGUUGGGCUUUGCAAGUUCGGCCGGAGCCAGUACGGUUGCUGCUACGGCUGGAAAAGAAACCACUUUGGCGGUUGUUCACCGGUUUGCCAAGACAAGUGCGUACACGGAACAUGUGUCGGACCCAACCGAUGCAAAUGUGACCGUGGCUUCACUGGGACAACCUGCGAACGGGAUCUGAACGAGUGUAGCAAUCGGCCUUGCUCUCACCGAUGUAUGAACACACCUGGUAGCUUCCGUUGCUAUUGCGAGCAUGGAUACCUCCUACUUGAAGACGGCACGUCCUGCAGCCGUGACGAUCGCUGUUCCGAAACCAGAUGCGCAUUUGGCUGUAUUCAGUACGAGGAUGGCUUCACAUGUUUCUGCCCCGACGGCCUGGCUCUCCUGCCCAAUGGCCUCGGCUGCACGGAUGUGGACGAGUGUGCAUCGGGCACUGCAGAGUGUCCACCUGGGAGAAGAUGCAAGAACACCUACGGCAACUACAUGUGUCUGUGUCCAGCUGGCUACAAGUUUGCCUACGUCAAUGGGGAGCUGGAUUGUGUGGAUGAGAAUGAAUGUGACAGUAAUCGCUGCGAUGCUAACGCUAUCUGUGUCAACGUCCUUGGUGGGUUUCAGUGCAAGUGCAAUGAAGGCUAUGUUGGCGAUGGUUACAGGUGCAUUCCGGUCGACACUACAACUUGCUUGGACAAUCCCUGCUUCCAAGACGUGGAAUGUACGGACAGACCAGUGAACCCUGAAGGCAGUGUACCAGCAGAUGGGACUACCGUAGUCAAGCAAUACGUCUGCGGCAGUUGCCCGCCCACGUUUGUCGGAGAUGGAGAAACUUGCACCCCCACGACGAUCCCAGUCAUGAUAGUAGCGGUUGAUCCAGCAGAGGAGGAUCUGCCCCUAGCAGAGGUCGGUGUCAGGGCGCUGUUGGACCGCGACGAUGGACAGACUGAGAUUGUCGCAGAGGGCACCACAGAUUUGAAUGGUCUGGUCACCUUACAAGUGCCAGCUGAUGUCCCGUUGGAGCUGGUGGCCAGCAAAGAUGACUAUGUGGACAGCGUCAAGACCUACAGAGUACACCCAGAAGGAGGUAACGUUGUCAGUAUUCAGAUGAAGCGUUUCGACGAGUACACCAGUUUCCUCUAUCGUGUUGCCACCUCAAAGGCCUUUGAGUUUGGAAGUGGUGGUGAAGAGAAGAAUUUCCGCUUGAGUUUACCUGAGGGAGCCCUGAGAGCAAGCGACGGCACCAGGGUCACCGUCAAUUACAAGGGGAUGGAUGUCUCCAGCCCGGAUUCCCUGUCCAGCUUGCCAGACCUUUCUCAAGUUGAAGGAGCACCAGGUCAGCGCCUGAUACCCCUGGGGGCUGCCGAGCUGUCCAUCCUGAAUGAACAGGGGCGCAAGUUGAGUCUGAGGAAGCCUGCAAGCAUUUCAUUCAUCCUGAAGGAUUACGUUGAGCUGUUGGGCAUCCGGGAUACCGUCGAUGCCUACUACUUUGAUCCUGAAACAGGCAAAUGGGUGAAGGAUGGCUCAGGUACCAUCACCCCGAGUGAAGACGGACCGACAUGGACCUACGAAACGGACCACUUCACCUGGUGGAUACUCGCCAUCGUGUACACGCCCAACAGCUGUCUGACUGUCAGGACCUGCUACGAUUCUGCCUGCACGCAACCCGCUCCCAACAUCCCCAUCAUAAUUUCUGGAGAGAACUUCAUCCUGCAUGAGGAGUUUGUGACUGGGGCGUCGGGCUCCAUCUGCGCUGACGUCCUGGGCGAUGAGAUGAACCAGGUGCGGGUACUGCAGAACUGCACCGGGGAGUCGCAGCUGGUGACGGCUAACCCAGCUAAGAGCGGGCUGUGCACGGAUGGUGGCGAUGCCUGCCAAGAGGUGACUUUCAUCAUACCUGAUACUGUUCCGACUAUGUGCCCCAGUACCGGUGCGCCAGAGAAUGGUGUCAGGAUGGGCACUGACUACAGCCUGGGUGCCACGGUCUCGUUCUUCUGUGACCCCGGCUACCAAAUCAAGGGCAGCUCCCAGCGCCUGUGCCUGCAAUGCGGGAAGUGGAGCGGCUCCGAGCCUUCAUGUCCGCUGUCCUCCCCUGACAGCAGCUCCGUGGGCAGCGGAGAAGGAUCCCUGGACAUCUAAAAAAAAAAAAAAAACAGAGCCAGGGAUUGUCGAGAAUGGACCCUUCUGGCCAUCCGGCAGUCAUUGCUGCAUUAUAAAGGCGUAGUGAAAAACCAAAACCCUAUAAGCAGUGCAGGCUUGAAAUUGUCAGUUUAUUUUGUCUGGUACGUUAGCAUUCAUCAUAGCAUUCUCCUAGUAUAAAUAUGCAGAAGUUAAUUAACUAGCAGGAAAAUCCAAUUCACAGCGGCCUUUGCUCGUCUCAGCUUACCAACUGCAGUUUUGUUGCUGUACUCUAACUGCACAAGGCCAUACUCUUAUUUAAUCACUGUAGGUUUGUACUUCAAGUUUCAACCUCGCAUGGCCGGUUACUUACAGUUUAUGUAAACUGUCAGGAGAAGUCUUGCAAGGAACAGAUUUUCAUCAAAAUGUCUUUUUAAAUAAGUGAGGUCAUUUUAUUUUAAACACCUCAAUUUUCCAGGAAUGAUAGUCCAUACUAAUCCACUCUGUAUAGAGUUUCAAUUGGUAGGAAACUACUCUCUAACACAGGAUGAAACAAAUUUAAUGAUGACAUAUUGAUAUGUUUUAAUCUAUGACUGUCAUUGUUGACUUGAACUAGAAAACAGAAUUUAUUGUAGUUUUCUGAAGUCGGACAAUAGAGUAGUUAUGAUUUGCUUGCACCGACCAUGUCAUAGGCAUUUGUUCAAAAAUUCCAAAUCUGUGUCACCCAUCUUUUUGUCAGUUAAUAACAUCCUCAAACUCACCCCUUUUGAAGAUGUACCGUUGAAUAACUUCUGCAGUGCAUUUCUUUCGUGUUUCGAUAUAAGUUUGAAGAUAAUUAAAUUUUUGACAAUCCUGCAAAGCCUUCAGGCCACCACUGUUGGUCAGACCUAGUAGUUUUCAGGGAAAGAUCACAAACUGUAUUUCUUUUUUCUGUGAAACACACGUGUCGGUGAAUGUUUGAAUGCCAGUUUAAUCAAAGUUUCAAACUCCGCAAACACAGCCCACUGUAACUAUCCUCCAGAUAUAUAUUUAUCCAUUUUUAAACUGUAAUUUUCUAGCAAAGUUUCAGCUGUCAGAUAAUUUGUAGAGAAAACUUUAUUUUGCUGCAUUUAUUUAAUGUGGACUACUGUGUGCAAAUAAUGUUAGAUUAAAACUAAAUGAUGAUCGAGAUUUGGAGAUGCUUGUUCAUUGCGUAAUGGUCAUUUUUUUUUCCCUCGGCAAGUGGAAAAGGCCAAAGUAAGAGAUGAAUGUGUCAGUGCAAAGAAAUAGCAUGGUUUAGAUUAGAUAAUAAGAUAGCUUCAUGGAAAUGGGCCUUUCUAGCUGAGAGUAGAGCUCACCACUGUUAAAAUAAUGAUUUUUCUGCCUUGGUAUAAUGAGAAAUUGUGGACAUAACAGACCGACAUUUGCCUCGACAGUAACAUGAAACUGAGAUCACAAAAUCAGCAACUUAAAUUGAUAGAUAUAUAUUUGAUGAUAUUUUUGAACAAUAGGGCUUAUAAAGGGUUUAGAAACAUCUUAGUGCUUUCGCUCCUUUGUUUGGGUUUUGUACAUACUUUGGUAAAUGCAGGUUUUUAGUCACUUGGGUAGGCACUGCUUAUUUGUUUCAUUGUUCAAGUAGAGUUUAUCAUCAUGGUGUUUAAUAAAUUGGAGUCUCAACCAGUAUUGAAGGCUAUAACCAA